AUGAUCACUGCUCCCGAACUCAUCAAAAGCCUGGACAACGGCCACGGCAAGGUCAGCGGAGAGGCUCUCCUUAGCUCCGUCGACAAGAUCGGCCUCACUGCCGACAAGGUCCGCAGCUACGUCGAUGAGCACAAGGACGCCAAGGGUAUGUUAGACGCCAGGGCCGUCACUACCUACCUUGGUACCCUUCACUAA